AUGGAGGCCUUGUUGAAAAACAAGACAAAAGAAGAAGAACAAAAUGAGAAGGAGAAUGGGGACGAGGAUUUGAAGAUAGGGGUGACUUUGGAGGUGGAAAAAGAGGAAAUAGAUUUAUUAUGCAAGGAAAACUUUGACGAUGCUAAUGCUCUUAAUACCCUAAGUAGAGUAGGAAACUGGGAUUCUGGCCUAAGCAUGCUGUCAGAUAGCUCAUACUCCACGUCUCAUUCUUCCUUUUCUUUGACUGCUUCUUCUCCAUCUCAAUUGCCAAAAAUUCCAUCCAUGCCACAAAACGAAGUCACAAACACAGAGGUCUUAGGUGAACAGCAACAUAUGGGACAGGCUGGACAGACCCAAUCAAUACUUGAAAAUCAUCAACUUAUUUGCAGUCGGCUCCCUUGUGGAACAAAUGUUUUCUCAAGGUAUCCGUCCUACUUAGCUCCUGAUUAUGCAGCAACGACUAGCUCUCCAGCUUUUUCAUCUCAUCCACUUCCAAUUAAUUCCCACUCCGCACAGCUGUCAGAGUCCGGCUCUCCUUGCCUUCCCAUGUCUUUCCUUCCAUUUACCCCGAUAUAUGCAGAACACUCGGCCGAAAAAGGACUCGAUUUGACUAGAUCGAUAGUAGAACGACCCAGUACUAAUUGUAUCUCAUCUCUUAUUGAACGUGACUUGUUAAAUACGCCAAUGGAAAAUGCCAGUGGACUCCAUGAAAGAAAGGAGUCUCCUCAUGCAGACCUUCCUUGUCAGUCAGGCACACAGAAUCAUCUACAUUUUGAACAUCCUUCCAUUCCCGUGACGACCAAAAGUGAGCGAUCCUCCUCCGCCUUUAGAGCCUUUAGUGGACAGGAUAUAUAUAAGGAAAGGUCAAUUAGAGCAAGCUCAUAUUCCUCUGCUAUCUUUAAAGAAAAGGAUAGCAACAGCUUUGAUGAUAUAUUUAAUAGCAUCAACCAUAAUCCCAAACAGGAGGAGUAUGGCGAAAUAAGAAGUCCCGCAGAUCGUGAUCAUCUUCUUCAAGCUUUAGUUGAGCGCCUUCGUACAGCAAUUCUAAACAGUGUAGAGGCGAGUUUGAAGGAUUUAACAAAUAGGCUGAGAAAGCACGAUUUGCCCGACCAUGCAUGGAUUAACCUUUUGGCAGGACUGGAAACAUUCCUUAAACAAGCCAAACCAGAUGAGGUUGGAGUGAUUCCUCCUUUGGCCAGGAUUUUGAAAGAAUGUGCUACCGUAAAUAAUUCCUCAAAUUCUAAAGAUGUCUUGAUAUCCCCGUGCGGCCAAGAUUUACAAGAAAACACUGAACUUAAAACCAUUCACAAAGCUUCAAUGGAUAUAGAGACAUCUAGCUGGUCAUUAGCUAGUCAUGGAAUAAAUAAAAAAGUUGAGAAGGAAAAUGUUGCCUGCAGUUCACAAAUAACUAUGAACUCUAGUACUCCCAAGUUGAUUUGCUUACUUGAUGCUGAACGCAUAAAGGAACGCUGUCUAAUUAAUUUACGUAGAUCGCAUACUCGUGCUUCUUCAGCGUACAAUCGCGAACUUCGUCUCCGCAGACAUGGAAUUAGAUCAAACAUCCGUCGCGCACGGACGAAGCAACACAAUUCAGAUAAUUUUACUACCCCUCAAGAAGAAGAUUCUGCCCCACAAAGGCAUAUAAAUGAUUUUCCAGAAGAAGUUAGACCAGCUCUCCUUUUUGCAGAUCUUGGACGAACAGAACAUAUUAAUGCAUUCGAUGGAUUCGAUCGUAGCAGCAUGUCUGAAUCGUUUCAAGACAAUCUAAGACAACAGGCUAAUCCAGCAAUUUCUGAACAUGGAAUUAACAAUAAACGAGUAAGAGCCUGCUAA